AUCGGGGCCCCAUCCACUGAGUCAGGCGGUGCGUCGUUUUUGGUCCCCGUUCUGGCCGGUGCAGAAAAAAACGCCGAAUCGUAGCUGGGGAAGCACAAGCCACAAAGGCUGUAGGCGUCGAGCGAUGGGGAGAGCCACGGGGAUCGGCUUUCUCCUUCUCUCACUGUCUCUGUUGUUGCAAGGAAUACGAGCUUCUUCAACUUCGCCCCCUCAACAGGAUUUUGGAGAAUCAGUCGCUUCAAGGACUUUGAAGCAAGAGCAAGAACACACUCAUGAAAUACAUUGUUCCAGAGAAAGGAGCCGUGCUGCCUGGAAAAUCAUUGACGAGUAUCUGAUGCCCUUUGUUGAGCAAGAGCAAUAUCAAAUUCCAAGUAGAUGCAGGGUUCAUCCUGACAAAGAUCUGUUUAGAGAUCAGGAGCAGCACAAGAUCCAUAUCGAUAUAAGUGAAUGGCGGUGUGGGUACUGUAAGAAAAGCUUCCGGGCAGAGAAGUUUCUUGACCAGCAUUUUGACAAUAGACACUCCAAUCUGCUGAAUGUUACUCAUGGCAAGUGCUUGGCAGAUUUAUGUGGGGCAUUGCAUUGUGAUCUUGUGAUGGAUUCCAAGUUGCGCAAGUCUAAGUGCAAUCCUGCAGCUGCUGCAAGGAACCGCCAUCUUUGUGAGAGCCUUGCCGACAAUUGUUUUCCUGUCAACAAAGGUCCUUCAGCAAGUCGUCUUCAUGAAUUCUUCUUGCACCAAUUCUGUGAUGCUCACACUUGUAACGGAAAGCGAAAACCCUUCUCUAGAGGGGGCAGGAAGCAAACAAGUAUACUGUACCUUGCGAUUUCAAUUUUGACUUUGAUGCUGCUUCCUAUAUUCUAUGUUAUUGUCUUUCUAUACCAAAGAGAAAUGAAGAGGAGUGUCCAAGAUUUGAAGCGCAUCUCAAAAGUUGGAUCCAAAACAAAGCCUUCGUAAUUUGUAUUCACUGCCUCUUGCCCAACGGGAAACCAACAGUUAAAA